AUGCAUGGUUGGUAUCGUACAUACGAAGGCGACGGAGUAACAGAUCCAUACUACAGCUUGACGUCUGAAUCUGCAGUGUUACAUAUAACACGUGCUGUAUAUGCACGAAGUACGCGCAGGGAUAGGGGUACAGUAGGAGAGGCAGUCCAGCCGCCGGCUCUCCAGGCGCCUUCGCUCAACUUUCGUUUUCACCCCAUACAUAGCAAUGGUUCCUGUUUCUCCAUCCACUUCAUUGGUAUAAAGCUCCAUUAUAACGCCCAAGCCUUCCGCAGGCUUAAAGCACGGCAAUUUGGCCCGACCCAUGGCAGCGAGUACACUGUUAGCUAUAAUGUAGACCUCAUACAGCGUAGCGAUAAGCAGAAACGCGGGGGUAUCGAGCUCGGCCGGCGGGAUACGACGGAGCUCCUGCUUGCUAAUCCAACAUCCAGUUCUGCGAACAUCCAGGACUUGCACAUCGUAUGCGCUCAUGUUCUUCCACCUUUGCCAGUAUUUUCAUUUCUACGAGGAGCCGACCUUGAUAUCAUGACCAGCGAAAUUUCUUGUUCGAUCUGUGGAUCUAAAGGCGAAUGCCCUCAAAAGGAGCAAAUACGUGUUAAAGAACCUUCCGAGCGGGAACCAAUCCAGAACUUUGGCGAUUUACCUGCAAAUGUCCUAAGGAAGAUCUUCCUCCUCCUCCUGGAUGAAAACGGGUUUAACUUCAGCGACAUCAUACAAGGACCGUGGGUAUUUACAUACGUAUGCAGCUCCUGGAGAGCCGUUGCUCUUACCUAUCCUUGCUUAUGGUCCAAUAUCAUUGUCGACCAUUCCUCAUUCCGCGCACAUAAGAGUCACAUCGUCUGGGCUCCGAUGUACUUGAAGCAACCCUUUCCUCAUUCCAUCAUUCAUGACCCUCUCUCCCUGCUCUCUACCGUCCUCUCACGGGCUGGCGCCCAUGACCUCUCCUUACACGUGGACUUCUCGAAAGGAUAUAUCAACCCAUACGAACGAUUUAUCAUGCGGUUGCUUCUCUUGCGAUUAUCCCAAAAAUCAAACCAGUGGAGUAUUGUCUUCCUCCAUUUACCACGCAACAUGGUAGACGGCCUUUUUGGUAUUUACCGCCAGCUUCCGAAGCUCAUAAGCCUGCAUCUCGCGAUAAGCACAUGCGAAGAGGCGUGGAAAGAUGACAUGAUCACGGCGUUUGAGACAGCGCCGAUGUUGGUGUUCGUUACAUUGCAAGGACUGUCGUUCACCACCUGGAUCUUGCUUCCAUGGCGGCAGCUUGUGUAUUUCUACGACGACCGAAAUUCACAAUAUAUUUAG